CCCCGCCCGAGGGGGCGCUCCCUCUGCCCCUCCCCCGCGCCCCCGCCCCCUCCUCCGACCAGGGUCCCCUCACUGGGACUCGCGCCAGCCCCGCGCACUGGGAUCACCCCACGGCCGGCUCCGGGAACUGGGCCCGGCCGCUCAUUGGCCUGCGUGAAAGAGCCAAACUGUCAGCCCAUGUGGCGUGGCCACAGGAGGAUGGCAGCUGUUUAAAUAGAGUCGGGAGCUGGAGCUAGAGGGAGACAGAGAGAAAGGAAGCGGCCGCCGCAGCCCCAGCAGCAGCCUCAGCUUCAACCUCAGCCUCAGCAGCAGCAGCAGCAGCAGCAGCUCCGCUAAGCCUCCCGCCCCGGGUUCUCUCGGCCGGCAUCUCUCGCUUCUCGCUGCCGGCAGCAUCAUCUUCACGCCCUGACCGAGCCGGGCCCUGACUUCUCCCCAGUCACGCAGUACCACAGCCGGCCCAGAAAAGAGCUGAAAAAUGGAGGAGGUGGUGAUUGCAGGGAUGGCGGGAAAGUUACCCGAGUCAGAAAACCUGCAGGAGUUCUGGGACAAUCUGAUUGGAGGCGUGGACAUGGUCACAGAUGAUGACAGAAGGUGGAAGGCAGGUCUCUAUGGAUUGCCGAAGAGAUCGGGGAAACUAAAGGACCUGUCUAAGUUCGAUGCUUCCUUCUUUGGCGUCCACCCCAAGCAAGCUCACACAAUGGACCCCCAACUCCGCUUGCUACUAGAAGUGACCUAUGAAGCGAUUGUGGAUGGAGGCAUCGUCCCAGCUACACUUCGAGGGACCAACACUGGUGUAUGGGUGGGUGUGAGUGGAUCUGAGACCUCAGAAGCCCUGAGCAGAGACCCAGAGACACUCUUGGGUUACAGCAUGGUUGGCUGCCAACGGGCUAUGAUGGCCAACAGACUAUCCUACUUCUUUGAUCUAAAAGGACCAAGUAUUGCCCUGGACACCGCCUGUUCCUCAAGCCUUGUGGCUAUGCAGAAUGCAUUCCAGGCCAUCAGCUCUGGGGAAUGUUGUGCUGCCAUCGUAGGGGGCAUCAACGUCCUGCUCAAGCCCAACACCUCAGUCCAGUUCAUGAAGCUGGGCAUGCUCAGUCCUGAGGGUUCCUGCAAGGCCUAUGAUGCUUCAGGGAAUGGGUAUUGCCGGGCUGAGGCUGUGGUGGCCAUCCUAAUGAUGAAGAAAUCCAUGGCCAAGCGGGUCUAUGCCACAAUACUGAAUGCAAGCACCAACACAGAUGGCUACAAGGAGCAAGGUGUGACUUUCCCCUCUGGAGAGGUACAGGAACAGCUAAUGCGAUCUUUGUAUAAGGACUCUGGAGUCUCCCCUGAAUCACUGGAAUAUGUCGAAACCCAUGGCACUGGCACUAAGGUUGGGGAUCCUCAAGAAUUGAAUGGCAUUGUCCGAGCUUUGUGCCAAUCUCGCCGUGAGCCACUACUAAUAGGAUCCACAAAAUCAAAUAUGGGCCAUCCUGAGCCUGCCUCCGGGCUGGCAGCCCUGUCCAAGGUGCUUCUCUCUCUGGAACAUGGAGUCUGGGCACCCAACCUGCACUUCAAGAACCCUAACCCUGAAAUCCCCGCACUCCUGGAUGGGACACUCCUGGUCGUAGACAGACCGAUCCCUGUCAAAGGCGGCAAUGUUGGCAUCAAUUCAUUUGGUUUUGGUGGCUCCAAUGUCCAUGUCAUUCUCAAGCCCAACACCAGGCGGGCCCAGCCCCCACACUCCCCACCCUUGCCUCACCUGCUGCAGGUCAGCGGGCGCACUGAGGAAGCUGUAGAGACGCUGCUAGAGCAGGGCCAGUUGCAGGCCCAGGACCAGACUUUUGUGAGCAUGCUCAAUGACAUCGCCAUGGUGCCCCCAGCCAGCAUGCCCUAUCGAGGUUUCACUGUGCUUGGCGGGGAGAGCAAUGCCAAGGAGGUGCAGAUGGUGAGCUCAGGAGAGCGGCCCCUCUGGUUCAUCUGCUCUGGUAUGGGCACACAAUGGCGGAGGAUGGGCCUGAGUCUCAUGAGACUGGACAUCUUUCGCAAUUCCAUCCUGCGCUCUGAUGAAGCUGUGAAAGAGUAUGGCCUCAAAGUGUCAGACCUCCUGCUGAGUACUGAUGAGAAUACCUUUGAAGAUAUCGUCCAUGCCUUUGUUAGCCUUACUGCAAUUCAGAUUGCCCAAAUUGACAUGCUGAUGGCUAUGGGCUUGAAGCCAGAUGGCAUCAUUGGGCACUCCCUGGGCGAGGUGGCCUGUGGCUAUGCCGAUGGUUGCCUCACCCAGAAUGAGGCUGUCCUUGCCGCUUACUGGAGAGGCCAGUGCAUCAAAGAUGCCAAGUUCCCUGCAGGAAGCAUGGCGGCUGUGGGGCUCUCAUGGGAAGAAUGCAAACAGCGCUGUCCCAAGGGUGUUGUUCCUGCCUGCCAUAACUCCGAGGAUACAGUCACCAUAUCAGGACCCCAGGCUUUAAUGAGUAAGUUCAUUGAGGAGCUGAAGGCUGAGGGUGUGUUUGCCAAGGAAGUGAGAACGGGAGGCGUUGCCUUCCACUCCUAUUUCAUGGAGUCCAUUGCUCCCACCCUGCUUCAAGCCCUGAAGAAGGUGAUCAAAAAUCCCCGGCCCCGCUCCUCACGCUGGCUCAGUACCUCCAUCCCUGAGGACCAGUGGAAGGGGACCCUGGCCCAAACAUCCUCAGCGGAAUACAAUGUCAACAAUCUGGUGAGCCCAGUGCUCUUCCAGGAGGCCCUGAGGCACGUCCCGGACAAUGCCAUAGUGUUGGAGAUAGCCCCCCAUGCCCUUCUGCAGGCAGUCCUGAAGAGAGGCUUGAAGCCAACUUGCACAAUCAUUCCUCUGAUGAAGAAGGACCACAAGGACAACUUGGAGUUCUUCCUCACCAACAUUGGAAAACUCCAUCUAACCGGCACUAACGUGAAUCCCAAUGGCCUCUUCCCACCUGUGGAAUACCCUGCCCCUGUGGGGACACCACUCAUUUCCCCUCAUAUCAAGUGGGACCAUAGCCAGACUUGGGAUGUCCCUUCUACCAGCGACUUCCCAAACGGCUCAGGCGGCUCUUCUUCCUCCACCAUCUACAACAUUGACCCGAGUGCUGAGUCCUUGGACCAUUAUCUGGUGGAUCACUGCAUCGACGGAAGGGUCAUCUUCCCAGCUACUGGCUACCUCUGUCUGGUCUGGAAAACACUGGCCCGUUCCCUGGACAUGGUCAUGGAACAGAUGCCUGUAGUAUUUGAAGACGUCACCUUGCACCAGGCUACCAUCCUGCCAAAGAAAGGUACUGUAUCUCUGGAAGUACGACUCAUGCUGGCCUCUCGAACCUUUGAGGUGUCUGAUAAUGGGACCCUGAUCGUGAGUGGGAAAGUGUACCACUGGGAGGAGCCAGACGCCAGCAUCUUCAAUUAUCAGCCAGGACCAAGUCCAGCAGCCUCCACUGCCAAGUUCUGCCUGUCCAAGGCUGAUGUGUACAAAGAGCUUCGUCUUCGUGGUUAUGACUAUGGCCCCAACUUCCAGGGAAUAUUAGAAACCAACCUUGAAGGGAACCUGGGAAAACUGCUAUGGAAGGACAAUUGGGUGACCUUCCUGGACACCAUGCUGCAAAUCUCCAUCUUGGGGGUAUCUCAGCGCUGCCUACGCCUCCCGACCCGCAUCACCUCCAUGUAUAUCGACCCUGCCACCCACCAGCAGAAAGUGUAUCAGCACCAGGAUGAGACCCAAGUAGCAGAUGCCUAUGUGGACUCCUGCUUAAGUAACACAGUGUCCGGCGGUGUCCUGAUCACGAGGCUACAUGCUUCUGUGGCCCCUCGAAGGCAGCAGGAGCAUCACACACCCAUCCUGGAAAAAUUCUGUUUUGUGCCUCACGUGGAGACUGACUGCUUGGCUGACAACACCAAGCUCCAGGAAGAGCUGCAGCAGUGUAAAGGCCUGAUUCAGACCCUGAAGACCAAGCUGACCCAGCAUGGGGUGAAGGUUUCUGUGCCAGGCCUGACUGGGGCACCAGCCACUCCUUCCAAGGAGCCCCCCCAGAAGGGCCUGCCCUAUUUCCUGGCAGCCGCUUCCCAGCUGCAGCUCAACGGAAACCUGUCUGUGGAGCUAGAACAGGUCGUCGCGCAGGAGUGGCAGCACUUACAGGAGGACCACCUGCUGGCAGGGCUCUUAGACUCGCUGGAGUUAAAGGCCUGCGUGGACACGGCCCUAGAAAAUGGCACCAGUCACAGAAUAAAGGUGGUGGAGGCUCUGGCCAGAGAUGGUCGCUUGUACUCUCGCAUCCCCGGCCUCCUCAACAGCCAGCCCAUGCUCCAGGUGGACUAUGUCGCUACUGACCGUCAGUCCACCUCCCUGGAAAGCCAGGAAGCUCAACUACAACAGCAGGGCAUCUCCGUGGGCCAGUGGGACCCAGAUGAACCUGCGCCCGACAGCCUGCACAGCACUGACCUCCUGGUGUGUAACUGUGCAGUGACUACCCUGAAGGACCCCACUAGCGCCCUGAGCCACAUGGGAGCUGCCCUCAAGGACGGAGGAUUUCUAUUGCUGCAUGCUCUCCUCAAAGGGGAGAUCCUCGGGGAGAUGGUUGCCUUCCUUACAACCUCCAACCAGCAUCAGAGCCAGAGUUUUCUGAGCCAGGCAGAGUGGGAGAAUGUGUUCCAGAAGGCUUCCUUGCAUGUGGUGGGAAUGAAAAAGUCCUUCUAUGGCUCCAUUCUUUUCCUGUGCCGCCGGCCAGCCCUGCCCCAGAUGCCCAUCUUCCUGCCAGUAGAGGAUUCUCACUACAAAUGGGUGGACUCUUUAAAGACCAUUCUGGCAGAGCCCUCCAACCAGCCAGUGUGGCUGACAGCGGCUGGCUGUGCCACCUCCGGUGUGGUCGGGAUGGUGAACUGUCUCCGAAAAGAACCAGGCGGGCAGAGGAUUCGGUGUGUCUUGGUAUCCAGCCUCAGUUCCUCUUCCAGCAUCCCCCAAACCAGCCCAUCCACCAAAGAGAUGCAGAAGAUACUACAAGAGGACUUGGUCAUGAAUGUGUACCGGGAUGGAAAAUGGGGGGCCUUCCGUCACUUCCCACUGAGAGAAGGCAAACCCAUGAUGCUGACAGAGCAUGCCUUUGUCAAUGUCUUGACCCGAGGGGACCUCUCUUCCAUUGCCUGGGUAUGUUCUCCAUUGCGCUAUGCCCAGCCUACCGACCCCAGCUCCCAGCUCUGCAAGAUCUACUAUGCUUCGCUCAACUUCCGGGACAUCAUGCUGGCCACUGGCAAACUCUCCCCUGAUGCCAUUCCAGGGAAAUGGGCCAACCGGGACUGUAUGAUGGGCAUGGAGUUCUCCGGGCGAGACGCUACUGGCAAACGUGUGAUGGGUCUGGUUCCUGCUGAAGGCCUGGCCACCUCAGCACUCCUUUCCUCAGACUUCCUUUGGGAUGUGCCAGCCAACUGGACCAUGGAGGAGGCUGCCUCUGUACCUGUUGUCUACACCACAGCCUACUACUCACUGGUGGUCCGUGGAGGCAUCAAAAAGGGAGAGACGGUGCUUAUCCACUCUGGCUCUGGGGGUGUUGGCCAGGCUGCCAUUGCAAUUGCUCUGAGCAUGAAUUGCCGGGUCUUUACCACUGUGGGGUCAGCCGAGAAGCGGGCCUACCUCCAGACCAGAUUCCCCAAGCUCGAUGCCACCAGUUUUGCCAAUUCCAGGAAUACAUCUUUUGAACAACAUGUGCUGAAACACACUAGAGGGAAAGGAGUAGACCUCGUCCUGAAUUCUCUGGCAGAGGAGAAGCUGCAGGCCAGUGUUCGGUGCUUGGCUCAGCAUGGCCGCUUCCUAGAAAUUGGCAAAUUUGAUCUGUCAAAUAACCAUUCCCUGGGAAUGGCUAUCUUCCUAAAGAAUGUGACCUUCCAUGGUAUCCUGCUGGAUGCCCUCUUCGAAGAAGGAAAUGAUGACUGGAAACAGGUGGCAGAGUUGCUGAAGGUGGGCAUCCAGAGUGGUGUGGUCCAGCCCCUAAAGUGCACUGUCUUUGGAAGGGACCAAGUGGAGGAUGCCUUCCGAUACAUGGCCCAAGGGAAACACAUUGGCAAAGUGGUUAUCAAGGUCCAAGAAGAAGAGAAACAAGCCGUGAUGAAUAAAGCAAAGCCCAGCCUGAUCUCCGCCAUUUCCAAGACAUUUUGCCCCAACUCUAAGUCCUACAUCAUCACAGGAGGAUUGGGUGGCUUUGGGCUUGAAUUAGCUCAAUGGCUCAUUCUUCGAGGGGCUGAGAAACUUGUUCUAACUUCACGUUCGGGCAUUCGGACUGGGUAUCAAGCCAAGCAAAUUCAAGAGUGGCAACAGCAAGGCAUUCAGGUCCUUGUGUCCACAAGUGAUGUCAGCACCCUCGAGGGAGCCCAGCGCCUCAUAGCCGAGGCCACUCAGCUGGGUCCUGUUGGGGGCAUUUUCAACCUGGCUAUGGUCCUAAGAGAUGCCAUGUUGGAGAACCAAACUCCAGAAUUCUUCCAGGAUGUCAACAGGCCCAAGUACUGCGGCACAAUUAACUUGGACAGAGUGUCACGGGAAAAAUGCCCCGAGCUGGAUUACUUUGUGGCUUUCUCAUCGGUGAGCUGUGGGAGAGGCAAUGCUGGGCAGAGUAACUAUGGCUUUGCCAACUCCACCAUGGAGCGAAUCUGUGAGAAGCGGAAGCAGGAUGGCCUUCCAGGCCUUGCCAUACAGUGGGGCGCCAUUGGUGAUGUGGGCAUUGUCCUGGAAGCCAUGGGCACUAAUGACACUGUGAUUGGUGGGACAUUGCCCCAGCGCAUCUCCUCCUGCCUGGAAGUCUUGGACCUUUUCCUUAACCAGAACCACCCUGUCAUGAGCAGCUUUGUGCUGGCUGAGAAGAAGAUGGUGUCUCGAAGUGAUGGAGAUGGCCAGAAGGAUCUGUUGAAAGCAGUGGCACAUAUCCUAGGCAUCCGAGAUGUAAGCACAUUGAACCCAGAUAGUACCUUGGCUGAUCUGGGCCUGGACUCCCUGAUGGGGGUGGAGGUAAGGCAGACCCUGGAGCGAGAAUAUGACAUAGUCAUGGCUAUGAGGGAGAUCCGGCAGCUCACCAUCAAAAAGAUACAAGAGCUCUCGGCCCAAACUGGAACAGAAGAACUGAAGUCUUCCCCAGCCAAAGAAAGCAGCCCUGUCCGAGAAGCCAAACUGAAUCUGGGGAACCUGCUGGUAAACCCUGAGGGGCCAACGAUCACUCUGCUCAAUGCCGUGCAAAGCACAGAGCGGCCCCUCUUCCUGGUCCACCCCAUCGAGGGUUCAAUCACCGUGUUCCACAACCUAGCUGCCAAACUCAGCAUCCCUACCUAUGGCCUGCAAUGUACCAAAGCCGCUCCCCUGGAUAGCAUCCAGAGCCUGGCUUCCUACUAUAUUGAUUGUAUCAAGCAGGUCCAACCUGAGGGGCCAUACCGCAUUGCUGGCUAUUCCUACGGGGCUUGUGUGGCCUUCGAAAUGUGUUCUCAGCUGCAAGCCCAGCAAAUCCCAUCCCAUUCAAACAACAGCCUUUUCCUGUUUGACGGCUCACAUGCCUAUGUUUUAGCCUACACACAAAGCUAUCGAGCCAAGCUGACCCCAGGCUGUGAAGCAGAAGCAGAGACGGAAGCGAUGUGUGCCUUUGUCCAGCAGUUCACAGACACUGAAUACAACAAGGUGCUGGAGGUGCUUCUGCCCCUGAAAGACCUAGAGGCCCGGGUCUCUGCCACUGUGGACCUGAUCACCCAGAACCACAGGCAUAUCAGCCGUGCAGAGCUCAGCUUUGCUGCAUUUUCUUUCUAUCACAAGCUGAGGGCCGCAGAGCAGUACAUACCCAAAAUCAAAUAUCAUGGCAAUGUGACCUUGUUACGGGCCAAGACCAGCAGCGAGUAUGGCGAGGGCCUGAGCAAGGACUACAACCUGUCCGAGGUCUGUGAUGGGAAAGUGUCUGUCCAUGUCAUCGAAGGUGACCACCGUACAUUGUUGGAGGGCAGCGGCCUGGAAUCCAUCAUUGGCAUCAUCCACAGUUCAUUAGCAGAGCCUCGAGUCAGCGUACGGGAGGGCUAGGUCUUCCCCAUCCAUCAGUUCCUGCCACAGCCACAUCUCCUGUCUGGCAGGAGAUGCAAUUAUGAUGACUUUCCUGUCAUUAAAACAUUCCUUCCCAUACCUCCUCUUCCCCCAGCUCACACCAUUCUCCACCUCCCACCCUAAGGAGACACCCCGAAAAUACAAUUCUACAUCCAAGCUGGAUCUGAAGGAAAAUCCUCCUGGUGGUAUCCCAUCCUCCUGCUCCAGCUGGUACCUACGCCACCCCCAUCCAGCAUUUUGGGCACACACAUACCCUUCCCCCUGCCCACAGGUAGGAGUAGAGUUGAUUCAAAGUUAUUAUCGUCUGUGAUCCCUUCCCAUGCUCCCUGGGCAAGAGCUAAAGGCCAUUUGCAACUAACCAGGCACCAAGAUUGGGAUGCCAAGGUCAGGCUGAUUUGGAGAUUUCUGGUUUUGAUCCGUGAAGAAUCAGCCAAUGGCCAGAAAGAGGAUGGAUGGGGCUGAACCUUUUUCAUAACCAUGUGGUGUUUUUUUGUUGUGUUUUCAUUUGCAUCUUUGUAUUUAUUGCAUCAUCAGCAAAAAAUGGUCCAGGGUCUUCAUUAUUUGUGAAAAGGGAAGAAAUACCCUCUUGGCAGAUUUUUUUAAAUCCAGAUUUCUCUGGUUGUUCCUUUCCACGUUUCAUUUGUCUGGAACAUCUUCAUUUUGCUCUUAGUAGUGUUGUCCAUCUCAACCUGAUAGUGAAGAAGUGAAGCUUCCCAUUGUCCCUUGUCUCAUCUCCAGGAAGUGGAGAGAACAAGGACAGGAGUGUGGCCUGACCUCCCUGUUCCUCUUGCCCUUUUCUGGGGCAGCUUGAAAGAAAAGAGAAAAGGGUUUUUUUUUGGGGGGGGGGAGGACCCUACCUGCCUGGAGUGGCUUCAGGAACAAAGGAGUGAGCUUCACUGGAAAAUCAGCCACAAGGGGAGAGCCUACGUGAGGACUUGAUUCUCAAAGAGGAGGAGGAGGAAAAGAGACAUUUUAUCCCCCGGGACCCAGCAAGACUCUCCUUGGCACCACGUGCUACUGGGCUUCAUGGGCCUGCAGGGAACUGGACAAGUGAUUCCCAGCUGCACUUAUGAUACAGAGGCUAUUGGGACAGGAGCCAGGAUCCUACCACCUCCCCCACAGGGGCCCCCUUUGUAUUUCCUCUGUUGGCCAUUGAGCUGGCAGGGGGGCCUCCUUGGAGGCUGGUUCUGAGCCUGUACCUGGCUGCUAGCACCACCCCCUCUGUGGAUCGUGGCUGGGGCACUUUUUUUGUUUCUGUUUUUUUGUCUUUUGUUGUUUUUUUUAAAAGAGGUACAUUUAAUUCAAACUGCUGCUUGAAUUUUGAAAAUUUCAAUGGAAUUGUCAAUGUAAAGAAUCAUGUCUGGAUCCUGUUUCAUUCUUACACCCACUUGGUAAAAGUGUUACUCUUGAGAUUGUCCUUUUCCCCUCCCCACUGCCCUCCUGAUAUUAAACCACAUGGGAUCUCUG